AUGAAGUUACUGCUUUCAAGACCAAAUGCUGCUAUUAUAGAACCAGGUAAAUCUAUAGAUGUUUCAAUCAUAUUAUUAGGAUUAAAAGAAGAACCAACUCCAGAUUUUAAAUGUAAUGAUAAAUUCUUAAUUGUUGCAUUACCAUCUCCUUAUGAUCUUGGUGAUAAAAGUGUUGCUGAUAUAUGGCCACAAUUAGAAUCUGAAUUUAAACCUCAAAGUAUUUCAAAAAAAAUUAAAGUUAAAUAUGUAUUUGAAAAAGUUAAUGAAGAAUCAUCACAACAACAUCAACAACCAUUACAACAACAAUCUGAUAUUCCUUCAUCAAAUAUUGAUGAAUCAUCAAAUGUUAGUGCUGGUAUUGGUGGUUUAGGUUCAAAUGGUAAUUCUGCAAUUCCAGAUCAACAACAAGAUUCUGCUAAAUCAAUUAUUAAUGAAAAAUCUUCAAUUCCUCCAAGUUAUAAUGAAUCAUCUGAACAAAAUAAAAUUGAUGAAUUAAAUGAAAAAUUAGAUUCAAAUGUUGCUAAAAGUCAAGCUUCAAAAGAACAAGAACAAAAUUCAACAAUUACUAAAAAUCAAUCUGUUGGUAAUGCUCCUUUAACUACUGUUAUAUUAAUUGCUUUAAUUGCUUUUAUUGUUGGUUGGUUAUUUUUUUAA